AUGGGGGACCCUGUUGAGGAGGAUACUUGGACAGAGCUUGAGAAGAGCUAUUGUCCACCUGUAGACUCUGCCUUAUUUGCCGCGAUUGCCUCCGAAUACAAUCUGUCCUUACCUGAUCAUGUCAACCAGCUGAAACAAUGCCUGGAUGCCAUCAAGGAGCUAGCCACCGAGCAAGAGAAUCUUCCUUUUGAUCCCUCUGGUACUGCAAAUGACCCCGAUACAGGCGGGUUUUGUUCAGAGAACGAAACAUCAGUCCAUGGCUACACCGCAACCGAUGUCACAAGCAUCUCUGGGGAUGGACGUGGUAAAAGUGGUAACCGCGCCACAUAUACAGUAGCGGCUGAUGGAUCUCUAGAGCUUACCGGAGCAACGAACGAUGACAAAGUGGAUGCUCUGAUGGAGAUGUUCCCCACCAUGACUCGCUUGGAUGUGGACCAGACGCUGAAGAAGAGCAGUGAAGAUGUUGACAGGGCAAUGGACGUUCUUUUGAAUUUGUCAUUCUUUCACAAAACCCAAGCAGCUGAGGAUGGCGACGACGAUGAUCAAAUAUUCAUUCCUAAAGGCAUCGACGGUUUUAAAGUUGGCGGUGACGAUACCAACCGUCAAUCUGGACGAAAGAAAAAGCGCAACAAAAAACAGAAAGCCCAUCUUCUAACGGAGACGCCAUAUAUGGAGUCUCCGAUUGCAAACAAGUGGGAGGCUGGUAUGGCUGAUAUCGCCUUCAUCUGCUCCCGGGCCCCAGAUGUACCAAAGGAAAAAGUCAAUUCUGUUUAUCAUGCCAAUGGAAUGUCCUUGCCAGCGACCAUUCAAGCAGUGGCCUUUACUGAGGCCCCCAAAGACGCCAUUGAGAUUGAUGAUGACCCAGUCAUGCUGGCACAAGUAAUUGAACUUUCACAAGAUUACCCUACAAUUGCGAGGAUUGAUCUGGUCGGGUUACUGAGGAUUACUCGCAACUUGAUCUCUGCCGCAAGUGAAUUAGCGGCAGUGAUGGUUCAACAGCCUCAGUUUUUAGCCAAAGAUUUCAUCAAACUAAAGGUCGCCCCGCUGGAACUCAGUGAAGACGAAGAAGAUUCUGGGCCGAGCCGCCGAAGGGGUGCUCCUAGUAACCCGCUUGAUUACGAACAGGCACGGGCAGCCGCUGAAGUGAAUUUCGCGGCAGGAUCCGCAGCAUAUCAGCAAGCAAGCCAGGCCGCCCGACGUGCCAAGUCCAAUCCCUUGUAUGCUGGUGCAACCGCGGUAUAUCGCCAACGGGGACAAGAGCAUCGUGCGCUCGCUAUGGAACAACUGGCGACCGCCUCCGAUAGGCUUGUAGAUCGGCCGUCGGUCAAUUGCGACCUCGAUCUACACGGGAUCACUGUGGUCAAUGCCAUUCGCAUCACCCGUGAACGGGUUGGGGCCUGGUGGGACAAUCUGGGAGACACCCGGCAUGUCCGCGGAGGCGGCAAGCAUGUGCAUGGUGGUUACAAGAUCGUUACCGGUGUCGGCAAUCAUAGCCAUGACGGUACAUCUCGCCUGGGCCCUGCCGUUAGCAAAAUGUUAAUGCGGGAGGGGUGGCGCGUGGAAAUUGAACGGGGCUUCCUUGUUGUUAUAGGGAAGGCACGGAACUGA